UUAUAAAAGUGUCCUCAUCUGCAUGUGAAGCAUAUAAGAGCCACUGAAUAUUUGAGAAGUCUUCCACAUUCUCAUAUUCACAUAGGGAACAUCAUUAAGAAAGCACAGACAAGGAAUACGAAGAAAUAAUAAUCACCAGAUUUAUCCAAGAAAGAGAAAAAUGAAGUUGAUGUUCAGACCUCCUCUCCUCCACUUGCUCCUAUACUGUGCAACUCAGGCAUUAGGUGUCAAGAUCCAGUCUGUCCCAGAGGUCAGCAGUGAUGGUGUUAUACACACAGAGGUAGAGCAGACUGUGUCUCUGGUUUGUCAGCCUGACAGCAGCUAUGAGCUUCAGGCUGAUGAAGAGUUGGUCUGGCUGAGGAAUGGUGCUGUCGUCAAUCUGAAGGAAGGAAAUAAGAAGGGUCGCAGCAGCGUGUGUGUUACACCCAUCAUCUAUGAAGAGAAUGGUGCCAUGUUCACCUGCCACCUAAGCAAAAAUGUCACAGUUAGCGCCUCGGUCACCCUGAAUGUCACAUAUCGCCCACAGCUCUCUGGGUCAGAGCAGGUUAUAGUAGAAGAAGAGGCAGAGCUGCUCCUGCAGUGUGAUAUCUGGGCCAAUCCGCCAGUCUCAUCCGUGUCUUGGACACUAAAUGGAAGCAAAGUGGAUCUAGAAGCAGGUGGCUUCACAGUGACCAACGAUGGCUUUACAAGCCGGCUAUCCAGCAACAACAUAGAGAAAAGCUUGCAUGAAGGCACGUAUGAGUGUUUGGCGGACUCGCCCAUCUACGGAAUACACACCAAGGUCUUCUAUGUCACAUUAACAGAAAGGACCAUGAAGUUCCCAAUGAUGCCCAUGAUAGCAGGCCUGGUGGUGGUGUGCCUUACGGCGCUUCUUGCCGUUUUUUCACGCUGGGAGAAAAUUACAAAGUGCUGCAAGUAGGUUGUGCCUAAAAUAACCGGUCUUCGCCAUGAGACCAUGAAGACAUCACCCCUUUUGUUUUGUUUUGUUUUGUGUGCAUGAGACUGCCGUUACCCAUUAACGUUUGACAAUUAUUAAAAUGGUUUGACAUUUUGGGAAACAAGAGUUCAAAGACCAAUACCACUCUCAUAUCUGUCUGUGAAAUAUGAAGCUAUAGUAGAGCCAGCUGGUUAGCUUAGCUUAGCAUAACACAAAGACAAAGGGAAACAGCUAGCCUGGCCGUGCCCAAAGGUAACCCCUCCGUAAAACCACAAUGUGCAGGAUUAUGUAUUGAUUAAACAAAGAAUAUAAAGUGUUAAUUAUUUAGCUGUAGUGGUUGGGGGAUUGAUUUCGUUACCUUUAGACAAACCCAGGCUAACAGCUUCCCUCUGUUUCCAGUCUUUGGCUAUGCUAAGCUAAGCAGCAUCUAGCUGCCAGCUUUAUAUUUACCGUACAGACAUUAGAGUCUUCCCAUCUAACUUUUAGCAAUAAGGCAAAUAAGCAUAUUUCCUAAAAUAGUCUUUAAAAUCUGACAAAAUGUAGCAUCCUGUCUACUGUAUUAGCUGUUGAUUAUGGCAGGAGGAUCUGGGAAGUUGCCAUGUGACCUUGAGAUCAUCCUAAAACGUGUUAUUUUUCAUAGUGUGAUGCAAAAUUCUAUCUUUGCAAUAAAUAUGCUUCGGUUUCCUCAC